CUCAAAUUAAUUAUAUCUCCUCUCAUUCAUUCUCUUUCUCUCUUAAAAUAUAUAUAAGAAAUUCCUGAAGCGUUUCUAGAACUCUCUUCAGCCAUGACCGCGCAGAAAUCUGUGCUGCAAUUAAGUGUUCACGAUGAAAGAAUCAGGAAGAAUGUGUGGAGGACCGUAUCUAAGUUUUCAGGGGUUACUUCGAUAGAAAUGGACGAAAAGACCGGGAAAAUGACGGUGGUUGGAGAAGUUGAUGUAUCAAGAAUCGUCUGGAAGCUACGGAAGAUAUGUAGAGCAGAUAUUGUCUCAGUUGACGUUGUUAAACCACCUGAGAAAAAGCCUGAACCGGAGAAACCGGUUGAGAUUGCCUAUCCGGUUACGCAUUUGAACUACCCGUACCAAUGUUAUUCUUCCUAUGCAAAUUCUUACUACCAACAAUGUGGGGAUUAUAGAGUUGUGGAGGAACCAAAUACAAUUUGUGUUAUUAUGUAAAAUUUCUAGAAUUAUUUUGGAAUAGUGGUCGUUGUGUUAGCACUUAGCUUAUUGAAGAGUGUAUAUUUGCUGGGGUAUUGUAAUGCACAUUUCUCCUAUAUUCGGAAAAUAGAGAUCGAUUUAUGUAUCAUGAAAUUAAUAUUUUCUCGCGGUUUCAUUUACG